CCCCGCCCAGACACAGCCUCCCUCCAGUCCAACCUGGCACCUGGAGGGUUAAAGGAACCUGGGCCAAGCCGGGCUGAGCUGGCUGGGUGUCAGGGUGGUGGUUGUACUUCUAACAGUGGGGAAAUCCAGAGAGCACGAGCAGCGCUGCUCUACAGGACCCUCCUGCCUAGCCUGUCCUCCACUAGGAUGGCCCAAAGGAAAGGAGUCAUUCCCUUGGCAGUGCACCUGCUGCUGCUCCCCUGGGCGAUGGUGUGCCCCGGAGCAAGGUGCUCUUCGAGCCUGGAGGGUGCUGCCCCAGUGGAGCCUAGUGAUCCAGAGCUCCUAAAAUGCCCCGGGGUUUGUGCCUGCAACUAUGAUGACUACAGUGACGAGCUCAACGUAUACUGUAGCUCCAGAAACCUAACCCAGCUCCCCAGCGACCUGCCCGGCACCACCAAGGCUCUGUGGUUGGACGGCAACAACUUCACUACUCUCCCCACUGGCGCCUUCAAAAACCUCUCUGGCCUGGAUUUUCUCAACCUGCAGAGCAGCCAGGUGAGCAGCCUGGAGCCACAUGCUUUCCAUGGGCUCCGGGCCCUCUACCACCUACAUCUGGAACGGAACCGGCUAAAAUACCUCGCCCCCAAUACCUUUCUGCACACCCAGAACCUGGUCUCCCUGAGUCUCAACAAUAACUACUUUAGCAAAGUCGAAGAGGGCCUCUUUGCUGGGCUCUCCAACCUCUGGGAUCUGAAUCUUGGCUGGAACUCACUGGUAGUUCUCCCAGACACGCUGUUCCAUGACCUGCCCAACCUCCGGGAGCUUAUCAUGGCUGGUAACAAGUUGGCUUAUUUGCAAUCCCAGCUCUUCUGCAGCCUCACUGAGCUCCGGGAAUUGGACCUGAGUGGCAAUGCGCUCCGGAGCAUCAAGACCAAUGUCUUCAUCAAGCAGCAGAAAUUGCAGAAGCUUUACCUAAGCCACAAUCUCAUCAGCACCAUUGCACCCCGAGCUUUUCUGGGCCUCAGGUCCUUGCGCUGGCUGGAUCUGUCUCACAACCGCAUUGGUGUCCUCUUUGAGGAGACCUUCCUGGGCCUCCACAGUUUGCAUGUCCUGCGCCUCUCCAACAAUGCCAUUGCCAGUCUCCGGCCCAGGACCUUCAAAGAUCUUCAGAUCCUGGAAGAGCUGCAGCUUGGGCACAACAAAAUCAGGAGCCUCGGGGAGAGGACAUUUGAGGGUCUAGGCCAGCUGGAAGUUCUCACCCUCAACCACAAUCAGAUCCAGGACAUCAAAGUUGGGGCAUUCCCUGGCCUCUUCCAUGUGGCUGUGAUGAACUUGUCCAGCAAUUGCAUCAAAAGCCUCCCUGAACAGGUCUUCAAGGGUCUCAGCAAAAUGCACAGCCUCCACCUUGAGGGCAGCUGCCUCACCAGGGUCCAGCGGCACACAUUCUCUGGCCUUCCUGGCUUACGGAGACUCUUCUUGAAGCAUAAUAGCAUUUCCAUGAUUGAGGACCAGAGCCUGAUGGAUCUGCAUGAACUCUUGGAAUUGGACCUCACAUCCAAUGCGCUGACACUCCUCUCUAGCCAGCUCUUCCAGGGUCUCAAGAACCUGGAGUACCUGCUCCUCUCUCACAACCAGCUGGCAGAUCUCUCCCCAGACACCUUCAGCUCCCUCCCGCAUUUGUUCUGGCUGGACCUUUCCCAUAACCACAUUGAAACCAUAGCUGAUGGCCUAUUUGCACCUUUGGGGAACCUUAGGUACCUCAGCCUGAAGAACAACUCUCUGAGGGCCUUCUCUCCCCAGCUCCCAGACCUAGAGCAGCUGUGGCUGGAAGGAAAUGAAUGGAACUGUAGCUGCUCCCUAAAGGGGCUGAGGGAUUUCUCCCUGCAGAAACCCAGUGUGGUACCCCGCUUCGUCCGAGCCAUUCAAGAAAGGGAUGACUGCCAGACUCCUGUGUAUGCUUACAACAAUCUCACCUGUCAGAAUCCCCUGGAGGUGGCUGGCCUUGACCUUCGUGACAUUGAAGAAGACCACUUUGCUCACUGUUAACCCCGUGUCCAACUUCCCCUGAGCGGAAGCAAACGUUUGCAAUAUUUUGCUGUGAAAUCAAUUUCACUCAUUCCUUAGUAGUGACCCUCACUAUACCACCCAAGAAAAAAUGACAAGCCAGUCCCCCGUAGUCAAGCAGAUUGUGCCUGAACACUUCUGUGAGACCUGCAUAGUACUCCUUAGGUCCUCCCUGGAGGGCUCCACAGUGAGACCAGAGCAGACAAAGGGAAGAUUUCAUAGUCUGAUUCCCUUUUAUUCAUACUUUCACAAGUGCUUUUCAACUCCAGCAAGAUGCCCUCAUCUUUGGGCAGUCAAGGUACAGGCAGGUUGUUUGGACUUUCAACUGGGUCUUUUGAGGGUUUGGAACAGAUGGUGACUAGCCCAAUUCCCAAAAGGUCUGUGACCAGAAAGGACAUCAAAUUACAAUGGGGGUAGGGGGUGGAUAAAGCAGUUUCUACUCUUACCUGAUAAGAUGCUCAUUAUCAAUUAAAAGCAAUUUCACAAAAAUAACAACAAAAAA